AUGACCAGAGAUUUGAAGAUUCAUGUAGAUGGGUGCAGCUUAUGGUGGAAUGAGAAGAGUAGUCAAGUAGCAAGGUUGAAAGAAUUAAAAUCUGACUCAGAUGUCAUCCUGAUGGCUUCAAGUGUGGGACAGAACAGGAUUGCAAGUGUUUAUGUGAAGGUUGUUACGAUGGAUGAUCCCAUUGGUCCGAACAAUUUAGGAAGUGUUGCAAGUGUAGGCAAUUCUGUGAAGGCAGCAGAGGCUAAUGUAGAAGAUGGACUAGAUGAAGUUGAGGAAGAGCUCAUAGAUGCUGGGGAUGAAGACCUUGAUGGUGGUGAAGAACAUGUAUAUAGUAAAAGUUUGCAGGAUGAUGAAUUGCAAGAAGAAGCUGGAGAUGAAGAUCUUGAUGCUGCUGAAGAACAUUUGGGCUCUGAAAGUGGACAGGGAAGAGAUCCUGAAGAUCAUGUGGUCAAUAAAGGUGUACAGGAUAAUGAAGGGCAAGAGGCUGAGGGAGAUGGACAGGAAAGUGAUGCAGAGAGUGAUAUUCAUGACUCCGAGUAUAGUCUUAACAGUGAAGGCAGCGAAGGCAGUGAAGGCAGUGACGAGGCUGAAGGUGAUGAAGGGGAUGAAAGGAAUUCUGCUGCUAAUCAAGGAUAUGAUGCUCAUGUGAAUGUUGGCCAGGUGGUAGAUGAUGACGAGCAGGAUGUACAGACUGACUAUGCUGAUUCUGAUGAGCUGCAAUCAUGUUCUUCAACUGAUGAAGAAGGUAUCAAGAUUCCAAAGCCCAAAUAUUCUGAAUUUAGAGAACAAGCAGAUAUGAAAGAUCCUCAGUUUAAAAUAGGGAUGAAGUUUAGAAGUUUUGCAUAG